CUCUCGGCUUGCGCGUGAGCUGCAGGUACACAGCGCCUGCAUCGGAAACAUGAGCACAAUAGAAGCGCUGUACAUGUUUGAUGAGAACAACACACCUCUCCUCGAACACGUCUUCAACGGCCGCCCUCCCUCCAGCAGCACAAUCCUCCCGCUGUACCUAGCACAUCCCGCCCCACGACCAUCAUUAGUCUUUUUGCCAAACACCAAUCCGCCCACGCUCCUCUAUUCCGUUAUACAAGACCAACUGCUCUUCCUGUGUCCCUGCGCCUCCGACACGGAACCGCUCCAGGUCCUCGAAUUCCUACACCGCCUCGGUGAUGUGCUAGAAGACUUUCUGGGCCCGCCUCUGCUGGCGAACAAGAUCGAGGCCAAUUACGAUGUCGUGGCACAGCUGUUGAACGAGAUGGUGGACGGCGGAGUCAUAUCCUGCACGGAACCGAAUGCGCUGAGAGAUAUGGUCGACGCGCCCAAUUUCAUGAAGAGCUUGCUGGGAGGAGUGGGACUGCCGAGUUCGACGCCAAGCUCACUGGCCCCUUCUGCGACGCCGUUUUCCCUGGCUUCGAGACCGAGUCCCAGGUUGGGGCCGACGAGCGCGACACCGACGACUUCACCUGUACCUUGGCGGAGGGCAAAUGUACGGCAUACAUCUAACGAAAUGUAUGUGGAUAUUGUAGAGACAUUGGCAGUCACCAUGUCACCCUCCGGUCGUCCACUCGCAGCCAUUGCAAAUGGGACAAUAGCCUUCACGGCCAAGGUCUCAGGCAUACCUGAUCUAAUGCUCCAACUCGGAUGUCCAGGCGGCAUACUCAACACCGUCUCACUACCUGUCUUCCACCCAUGUGUACGGCUGAACAGAUGGAAAGAACAGCCUGGCGAGCUAUCCUUUGUCCCACCAGACGGCCAGUUCGUGCUUGCAGGGUACGAGGCGGACCUCCUCGGCCCAACUGCCCUAGACGCAUUCUCCUCAACCGCAAAGUCAAUACCAAAACUAAACAUCCCCGCCACCGUCUCCGUACACCCUUCUCUCGGCCCCGCAGGCUCAGACUUCGAAGUCAGAUUACAACUCAACCCCCGCUUCACCGGCAAAACCCCAAGUCCGCACCCCAGCUCCGCAAACGUAAAAGGCGGCAUAGGGCGCAACGCAGGAUUCUCAGGGACAGGCACGACCGCCGCGCCCGCAAUCGAACAGAUGAUCGUCCACAUACCCCUCCCCGCCAGCGUAAAGAACGUAUCCGACCUCCGCGUCGUACGCGGCACCGGAGACGCAACCUACGCCCCCGGCGACCGAGAGAUACGCUGGGCAGUCAGCAGCCGCGAGAUCAGCCUCCUCAUGUCGCAAGAUCGCGGCGGCGGCGUCGGCGCCACAGCCACACUGCGCGGCACCGUCAUCGGCCAAGACGACGAGUCCUCGGACGCGCUCGACGGACCCGUGGCCUUCUCCACAAGCACAUAUGACUACGAUGACGCUUCGUACCAGGCGCCGUCGGGUUUCGCGAAAGAUCACACCUCGCCGGCUGAUGCGGAUGCGAAGCGGAUUAAGCUUAAUAAAGUUCUUAUGCCUAGUUGUGCGACGGUUAGCUUCUCGGUUAAGGGAUGGUUGCCCAGUGGGAUUAAGGUCGAGAGUCUGAAUCUUAAUCAGCAGAGGAGUAAGGGGUUGGGGAGUGGGGUUACGCCGUAUAAGGGGGUGAAGUAUUUGUGUGUUAGUCGGAAGGGGGUGGAGAGUAGGUGUUAGAGCUUUUACGCACGAGAUGUAUCAUCGAAUAGUGAUUGUCUGGAAAGCUUUUCUUCGCGUGCGGGAUGUGGAGGGAAUUCAUUCCAUCAGUCAGGAAAUACCAAGGACGAUGAGAUUGAGAUCUGGAUAUACAAGGCGUGCACUUAUUCGGUGUAGUGAUGCUUAUCGCUGGAGAGUGAAGAUCCCAGGCCCUAACCUGUUUUUCGUGUACAAACCUGAUAAAGUGUUGGUUUCUGGCCAGUUCCUACAUAAAGGACCGUCGGUGCAAAGCAACCCUUACUUCGGGGCCUGACAAAUUUUCGGGAACCUGCCUGGUCGAUAAGGCUCGAGUCAAGGCGGGGAUAGGAGCUAGAGUAGAAAGACGAGAGCAGUUUGGUAUCGAGCCUUAGUAACACACAUUGCUACAUGGAGUAGACUUUCCACUACCCCGAAUACCGGCC